GGAAGAGGUUACGCUGUAGGGCUGUGGAGGCAGUGGUGGCAGCAGCUGCGACUUUGGAGCCGGUUGAGGCGCUGGGAUGAACGCCCCUCCCGCCUUCGAGUCGUUCCUGCUCUUCGAGGGCGAGAAGAAGAUCACCAUUAACAAGGACACCAAGGUACCCAAUGCCUGCUUGUUCACCAUCAACAAAGAAGACCACACGCUGGGAAACAUCAUUAAAUCACAGCUGCUGAAGGACCCACAGGUGCUGUUUGCUGGCUACAAAGUCCCCCACCCCUUGGAGCACAAGAUCAUCAUCCGCGUGCAGACCACACCAGACUACAGCCCCCAGGAGGCCUUCACCAAUGCCAUCACAGACCUCAUCAGCGAGCUCUCCCUGCUGGAAGAGCGAUUCCGGGUGGCCAUCAAAGACAAGCAAGAAGGAAUUGAAUAGUGGGCUGGAAGGAGUCUGGUUUGGCGAGUUCUGUCCUGCACCGGGCCCUUCUGCAGGCACCAAGUGGAGGAGAGCACCUCCUCCCAGCUGUGGGCCUCCUUGUAGAUAUCCCAGUGAGCCCCUCACCCCCGACACCGACGUGUCCUGUACAUAGAUUGUUUUACCCUCCUAAUAAAGUGUGGCAGGGAAAAGACCUGGA